UUCUUUUUUCACCAUGCACACCCCUUUUCCAAUUUCUCUGUCUAUAUAUGCUAAGAAGAAGAUCCACUUUUGGACACAGAGACGGCCUUGGUCACACAGCUUCCAUGGCACAAUUCGAAUUGGGGGAUGCUUCUGAUCUCAAGCAGAAAUGGAAGAACAUCAUCCCAGCCGAUUCAACUACCAAAGCUGCAGAAAAUCCUGAUGGUUGCUUCGAUUGCAACAUUUGUUUAGACUCUGCGCAGGACCCCGUGGUCACCCUCUGCGGCCAUCUCUUCUGUUGGCCCUGCAUUUACCAGUUGCUCCAUGUCCAACCCUCUUCAGCGCUAAGCGCGGACCAUAGGCAGAACUGCCCGGUUUGUAAGGCCCAUGUUUCCCCAGCUUCAUUAGUUCCUCUCUACGGGAGCGGGUCCAAAUCUAAAAGGCCUACCCUGCAGGGUGUGGGUGUCCCCCGCAGACCAGCAGCCUGUGGGUUGGAUACCUUGAUUAAUACUACUACUGCUGAUGCUGCUGCUGUAGCAGCAGCAGCAUCCCCUCCAAACCCGCGUCGAAGCCAGCGCAUUCUUCAUGAUCCUCACCCAUAUUAUGGCGGUUACUCCGCAGCCUCGGCUGGUCUUGGGGACGUGAGGUUGCCGAGUGGUUUUAGUCCAAUGGUUGGGAUGUUAGGGAAGAUGGUGUAUAGCAGCAUAUAUGGGAGAUCGGACACAAUAAGUCUGUUUAGUUAUCCUUAUCAGAAUUCUUAUGGUGAUGUGGUGGGUGGGAGAAGUGGUAGAAGUAUGAGAAGGCUGGAAAUGCAGGCUUACCAGUCUCUUGACAGAGUUUCAUUCUUUCUUUUCUGUUUCUUUGUUUUUUGCUUUCUCUUGUUUUGAACGUAUAUAAACUCUGCUUCUCCCUUGAUUAUAUAGUUGUACAAAUUAUGAAGGAUUAUGAUUUAUGCUUUUAACA